UUCUAACUUCUCUUCUCAUGGCCAUGGCUUGUCACGAUCAAGAUGUAACACUGCUCAGCUUUUGGCCCAGCCCCUUUUCCAUGCGAGUCAAGCUUGCACUGUUGCUCAAGGGCAUCGAGCACGAAGAUCUCCCCCAGGAUUUGGGUAACAAGAGUAAGCUCCUACUCGAGUCCAAUCCAGUUCACAAGAAGGUCCCGGUUCUCAUCCACAAGGGCAAGCCCAUCGCAGAGUCGGCCAUCAUCGUCCACUACAUCGACGAGGUUUGGCCUGGAACAUCGCCACUCUUGCCGCAGGACGCAUUCCUCCGCGCACAGCACCGCUUCUGGACUGAUUUCUUCGAGAAGAAGAUUUCCGACUCCUUGGACCGAUUCAUCCGCAGCAACGGCGCUGCCGUGAACGAGGAGUUCAUCCAAGACUGUUUGCUUCUCGAGGGAGCUCUGGCGGAGCUGGGCGAUGAGGAAGAGGGCCCCUUCUUUGGUGGCGCGAGCAUGUCGUUCUUGGAUGUGAUGCUGGCACCCUCUGCGGUGUGGAUCCCAGCGCUUGAGCAAGUGAUGGGCUUGAAGCCCACGAGCCAGGAGCAAUGCCCGCGUCUCCACAAACUCUUCGGGGCUGUGACCGAGCAUCCUUCGGCAAAAGUGGCACUGCCACAGAUCGAGAAGCUCAAAGAGUUUACCCAGGCUCGCUUAGUGAGCGAUCAUCAUGUUUGGAUAGCUAAAGCCAGCCCUUAGUACAAAAAGGCUGAACCUCUAGUUCUGUCGAAAAUGAAGCGCGAGCAUGGAGAUUGGGAUUUUCAGAUCCAA